CUUCUUAUGCUUCUGCUGCUAAGCUUACUUCCCUCAGCCUUUGGCAAGUAUCAAACUCUCUAUCACAACUUAAACUCGAUCACGUUUGUAAAGUUUCUCACCAGCAUUGCCCAGAAUAUCGGCCUUAAAUUUAGUCAAGGUAGAAAAUACUGCAAGCAUAGAUUAAUUUAAUCUUAAUAUUUUAAGAUUAAACUAAAUUGGUAUCAAAAGCUAUUACGUAUAUCUAAAAGCUCUAAAACAAGAUUAUAAUGGCUGCCUCAGCAGAAUUGGCACAACCAAUGCUUGAAAAUCCCCCCAUCUCCAACACGCUUCCUACUCCCAAACUUGCAUGGGGAGGUGCUGGGAUGGCUGGUGCUUGUGGAGCUGCUGCUUUAGUUUCAUCUCAAAAAGAAUCUUCUAUAUCGUUUCGCGAUCUCAUGUCAGAGGAUGUUGCCAAGGACAUACAGGAGAAAGAAAAUGAGGCAUACUGUAAGUCUUUAAGUGAUGAUAAAAAAGACUUAGCUAAUCUAAUUAAUCUGAAAGAAUCAGAAGACACUACAGAUGACCUCAUCUUGGCUCAGAUGCUGCAGUAUGAAUAUGACCGUGAAUAUGACCAGCAAUUGAACAGAGAGGAGAGACAGUACAAUGGCAAUUCCAAAGUGUCUGUUUCAUUCAACAAAUUUAAGAUUUGUCCAACAUGGUAUGGUCCAGACAGUGAUGAUGAGCUUCCAGAAGUAGAUGAUGAAAAUAGAGCCAUCGACUCUUUUGAGGAGCGAGAACGUGGGGAACCAGUUAUCCCCGCAUGUGGUUAUGUGAAACAAGGCACAAAAUUUGUAACUAAACACGAUCUUAAAAUAUGUGGAAGAAGAAAUGCUGAACGGAUAAUGAAUCUACCACCUGGUAUAAAUACAGGAGAUGGCGGAGGAUUUGAUAUGAAUUUACCCAAUAAGGUAUUUAACAAACUGUACCGCUCAGCCCUGACGGACAUGAGAAGAAAACAUCGUGUUCAUGACAAGGUGGAGAAAGCAACGUCCGAAAUGGCUCUUGACCCCAAAACUCGUCUUGUGAUAUUCAAGUUGGUUAACAAUGCUGUCCUGGAAUCUGUUAAUGGUAUUAUAAGCACAGGAAAAGAGGCUGUUAUCUUUCAUGCUCAGCUUGGAGAGAAUGAGGAUAAAACUGCUCCUGAAGAUUGUGCUGUGAAGGUGUUCAAGACUACCUUGACAGACUUCAAGACACGAGAGCGUUACAUAAGAGACGACUACCGGUUCAAAGACAGGAUGACGAAAAACAAUACUCAGAAGUUUAUUCGUUUAUGGGCAGAAAAAGAGUACCAUAAUCUUCGCCGUCUUCAAAGUGCCAAAAUUCCAUCUCCCGAGCCAAUGUUCAUAAAACAGCAUGUCUUGUUAAUGUCAUUCAUUGGGUCUAAUCAUCAGGCAGCUCCCAAACUGAAAGAAGCAUGCCUCUCCUUUUCUGAUCUCUGUUUGGCUUAUGAUCAAGUGGUGAAGGCCAUGAAGACAAUGUUCCAUGGAUGCCAUUUAGUUCAUGCUGACUUGAGUGAAUACAACAUUCUAUGGCAUGACAAUAAAUGUUGGAUUAUUGAUGUCGGCCAGGCUGUUGAGCCCACUCACCCACGUGCUCUGCAUUUCCUGUAUCGUGACUGUUCUAAUAUCAUCAAGUUCUUCCAUUCUAAAGGCCUUCCAGACCUGCCAUCACCUCUUCAGCUGUUUGAGAAAGUCAGCAACAUAUCACUGCCUGGGACUGAUGAGUCUGCUUCGAGAAUGAUUGAAGAAUAUGAGACCCACCAGGAGCUAUGGCGUGAGGGUAUGAGCGGUGUUAAUGAUCAGUUCGAGUUCCUUUGGAAAGAUAUACAAGCAGAAGAAAAUUGGCGCAAGAGAUUAAAUAAGGAGGAAGAUGAUGAAGAGGAAGAGGAGGAGGAUGAACAGGAGGAAAAAGAGCUGCCUGAUAAAAUAUCAAAGGAUGAAAAGGAACUGAAAGAACCUCUGCAGAAUCAGAGCAAUAAUCAGCAGAUGGCUAUAAGAUGUAAUGGAGAAAAAUUGCUUGAGGAAAAAAAAUUUACUGAUAUUCCUGCGAAAGACUAUUCCAUAACAGAAGGAAAAGGGCCAGAAAGCAGUGCAGUUAGUACUACCAAGGUAACACAAGACCCUGUCUCUGCAGAGCAGUUGCACAGCUCAGCAGCUAGCAGAUCCAGUGCUAAAAACUUUGAGAAACAUGGUAAAAAGAAAAGUAAAAGCAAAAAGAAUAAAUAAUUUAUUUUUUUAUGGAUGCUGAUUGUAACUACCUAGGCUAUAAAAAAAAUUGUUUUAGAAAUCUAUAAUGUUUAUUUUUUUUUAACAAAUGUCAUCUAUUUUAUAGUUGAAUGUAAGAAUUUGUAUUCAUUUAUUUAAUAUUGUCAAGUGAAUAUAUUACAUGUAUAUUUUGAGCAUACAUUAGAUGCAUAUAAGCAGACAGUACUGAGAAAGUACUGCUAGUUUGUUUUUGAAAUUGUAUAUUAUUUGUUUUUGCUUAUAUAUGUAUAUAUUUUUUUUUUUUUUUAAGGUUUCAGUGAAUUAAACAUUAAGUAAAUCAAAUGGUAAAUGAAAGGAUUUGAACAUUUACAAAUACAGUUUUUGCAUUUAAUAUGCAUUUACUAGUGUAUGCAAUUUAACCACUUAUUCACUAUACUAGUACUGUAAAUACAUAUUGUAUAAAGUAUUUUACUAUAUUUUGUACACAAUAUAAAGUAAUCAUUGUUAAGAUGCAUGGAAUACUUUUUUUUUGUUUCCAUACUUUUAAUUCUCUAGGUAGAUUUAUAGUGCUACUGUAUAGGGGUGUGCCAAACUAUCAGUAUCGGCCUAAGUGAGCGUCAGUGGGUAUUGGCUAAUUUUGGUACCAUCCCAUAACUACUACUGUAUAUGGCUACACAAGUAAAGUUAAUGAGAGCAGAAUCCACUAUAGCAGGAAAUGUUUUCAUAGCUUUUGGUUAUAUAUCUAUAUCAGUAUAAAUGUAGGAAUACAAACAUGUUCCCAUAUUCACAAAAAAAUGUUUUUUUUAAUCUAAAAUCUAAUACAGUGGACCCCCGGUUAACGAUAUUUUUUCACUCCAGAAGUAUGUUCAGGUGCCAGUACUGACCGAAUUUGUUCCCAUAAGAAAUAUUGUGAAGUAGAUUAGUCCAUUUCAGACCCCAAAAUAUACACGUACAAAUGCACUUACAUAAAUACACUUACAUAAUUGGUCACAUUCGGAGGUAAUCGUUAUGCGGGGGUCCACUGUACAGUGGAACCUCGGUUUUCAAAUUUAAUUAGUUCCAGAUGUUGAAUCAACAACUAAAAUCAACAACAACCAAAGCAGUUUUUCCCAUAAAGAAUAAUGUAAAUAGAAUUAAUCCGUUCUAGACCCCAAAUGACGGUGUAAUAAUAUAUUAAUAAUGUUCUAACUAUACAUAAAACAAUGUAUAAAAUUAUACGCACAGGGAAACUAAAAAUGAAAAUUUAACUGAAAUACUGUACAGUAAAUAAAAAUUUAACUGCCCCUUACCUGUCAGAAGAGAGCCUAGCUACACUAUGACUUCCACUUCUUUUCUUAAAAUUAUCAAACCAACCCUUACUAGCCUUGAAAGAUUGAGUUUCAGAACUUGUUUUGGUUUCUUUUUUCAAGAGAGGUCCUUGUGCAGCUUCUUCACUUUUUCACAAAUAAUGGCCUCGGAAACAUUAUUCCCCUGUAACUGCUUUUCGUUUAUCUAAAUCAUGAUGGCUCAUCUCAAAAUAAAAAAACUGAACUAAAACUGCAAAAUAAUAAAAAAAAGUUUGCAAGGUAUGUAACAAAAACUCAGAUGUUUACAGCACGCAAGUUAGUGGCUAUGCUGACUUGUACACCCCCCUCGACCCAGUGUCCAGUGCGCAUUCCGUGAGAAUGAGACCUGAGCCAUUUUGUCUCAUUCUGUACAUGCGAAAAUUUGUCUGCUGACAACCAAGAGAACAUACGAAAACCAGGACAUUUUUUCUCGAACACCUCGUUUGAAAACCAAUUUAUUCGACAAGUAAUGCAAUUGACAACCGAGGUUUGACUGUAUGUUAAUUUUAACUAAGAGAUAAUACUGUAGUGACCAGUUUAUAAUCCAAGACUGAUUACAAGUUCAGUACUCUGAAGGAGGAGUGAAGAUGUUAGUUUAGUUCAUAUGAAUUGUUAGGUCUGCUUUUCUGGCAAGACCAGUGGUUGAAUGAAUGAGGAUGAAUUUUUCCUUUAUUUUCUAUUUUUUUUUUUUAAUUAUAUCAUGGUAGUAGAUGGCCAAUAUAGUUAAAAAAAAAAAUGACAAUAAAACAUAAACAUGUCUUCUUCGCUCUUCUUCAAACAAACCAGCUGAAUACCACCGAAGCAGGGUGGCCCAAAAAGACAAACGAAAGUUUCUCUUUUUAACUUUAGUAAUAUAUACAGGAGAAGGGGUUGCUAGCCUCUUGCUCCUGGCAUUUUAGUCUCCUCUUACGACAAGCUUACGGAGGAAGAAUUUUGUUCCACUUUCCCAUGGAGAUAAAAGGAAAUGAACAAGGAGGCAGUGGAGAUGUCAUGUCUGAGGGAAAUGUGUGGUGUGAAUAUAAUGCAGAGAAUCCGUAGUUUGGAGAUUAGGAGGAGUUGCGGGAUUACCAAAACUAUUAUUCAGAGGGCUGAGGAGGGGUUAUUGAAAUGGUUUGGACAUAUAGAGAGGUGAAAUGAAAUAGAAUGACUUCGAGAGUAUAAAUCUGUAGUGGAGGGAAGGCAGGGUAGGGGUCGGCCUAGGAAAAGUUGGAGGGAGGAGGUAAAGGAGGUUUUGUGUGUGAGGGGCUUGGACUUCCAGCAAGCGUGCAUGAGUGUGUUAGAUAGGAGCAAAUGGAGACGAAUGGUUUUUAGGACUUGACGUGCUGUUGGAGUGUAAGCAAGGUAACAUUUAUGAAGGGAUUCAGGGAAACCAGCAGGCCAGACUUGAUUCCUGGAGAUGGGAAGUACAGUGCCUGCACUCUGAAGGAGGGGUGUUAAUGUUGCAGUUUUAUGGCUAGCGUAAGCAUGCCUCUGGCAAGACAGUGAUGGAGUGAAUGAUGAUUAAAGUUUUUCUUUUUUGGGCCACCCUGCCUUGGUGGGCAACAGCCAGUGUUAAUAAAAAUAAAUAAAAAAAAUAGUAAGAAAAAUAGAAGAAAACUCAGGGGGGGGGGGGUGUAUAUAUACAUGUAUAUGCUUGUACAUGCAUGUGUAGUGGGACCUAAGUAUAAGUAGAAGUAGCAAGACAUACCUGAAACCUUGCAUGUUUAUGAGAGAGAAAAAAAAACCAGUAAUCCUACCAUCAUGUAAAAUAGUUACAAGCUUCCGUUUUACACUCGCUUGGCAGGACGGUAGUACCUCCCUGGGCAGUUGCUGUUUGUCAAUCUACUACCUAAGAUGAACAAAAGUGUCUGCUGUAAAAAAAAAAAAAAUCACAACUAACUCAUAUUUGAGAUAAUCUUUAACUAGUUGACAUUUCAGUUCGUCAAAAACCAAAUCAUGACUUGAUGAUUUGUUCAGGACAACCUGAAUAUUGUAUGAAGAUCUAUUACUAAUUUGUGGAUUAGUUUUGAUAGAAUUAAGUUAAUAAUGAAACUCUGUACAGUUAUCAAAUACAUUUGAACAAACUAACAAUAUAAAAUGAACCCCUAACCAUAAUCCUUAUUUCUUCAAAUAUUUAUCGUGCACAAUUGUAAAAGUAUACUCCCAUACAGGUGUUCAACACUUGUAUAAAAACAUAUCCUUUCAUCUCAUACUGUGCAUUUGUUCAGAUGUUUGUGAUUGCUUACUUGGGCAUUCAUAUACUCCUGCAAUGAAGUGGAAAACUUUUAUUCCUUUUGGUUGUAUACAACUUUUAAUUAGGGUGGCUGCUGUAUUUUGUUGUGCAUAUUGUGUUGUAUAACUAGUGUACUUAGUUACAUCAUCUGCACAAUUUUUUUAAUGGAAAUUAACUUUUUGUUCUUGUCAUUAUGAUGUCAUGGAAUAAAUAAUGGUCUAGGACAGAAAGCUAA